CUUCCUAACUUCACUCUCUUGCUACUUUCUCCAACCCCCAAUCUCACCCUCACUUCCUCUCUCCGUGUUCCCAAAAUGCCGAUCAACAGAGACCCCUCCACGCCUCCGCCCAUGAUCGGCAAGAUUGGGCCUUACACCGUCUUCGUCACCCCACCUGCAACCCCCAAGCCCGCCGAGCCCCUUUACCACUCCCCUCAAAAGCCGCAGCAACCCCCCCUUUUUGAGUCUCCCAGAAAGGUGCAGCCUCGUCCUCCUCCGGUACAGCCCCCGCCUCAGCAGUUUGAUAAGUCUGUUGUUGCCUCUGAUGGGUCCAUUUUGGGUUUCUUCAAGAAUGCUGCCACCAAGGUGCAGAAUGCUCAUUCAAGCUUGGAUGACCGUCUGGCGCGCUGGUUUGGGUUAAAUCAGUCCAAGUAUCAGUGGGCACUUGAUGAUUACUAUGAGAGCAAUGGACUGGAAAAGCAAGAUGUAAAAGCAAAAGAAAUAUCAAGCAAAAUGCAGAGUGUGUAACAUACUUGUCAGACUGGUGAUAAGAAUUUAGAUCAAGUGGAGAUGCAUGUUAUGUCUACUCUUUGUAAUAUAUAUCUAUAUCCAUAAUGCAUGGAAUUGCAAAAAUGAAUGUGGAUGCUUGAAGGGAACUUUGUUGACAUAUGGGGAUCAGGUUGUUUGCAGUUACCUGCCAGCCGCUGCAGCCAACUUAGCUUGGUUGUGUACUAGGCUAGGAGUUGUGUAAUGUCAUUACAAGUUAAUCUCUGGCCCCUGGAUUUUUUAUGUACCGUAUUCAGCUGCUCCAUGAUGUGUACUAUUAAAUUUCUUAUAUUCUAUAUUAUUGAAGACAUUAUUUCUUGUUAUAUAGUUUAUCAUUGUAUUACCAAGAAAAAAAAAAAUUAAGG